UGCACUUUGGUUCUCUCUCUUUGGUCUUUAGACGACAAACGGCCAGCAUCAUGCCGCUUUUCAAAGAUCUGUUAAACCCCACUGCAGAAGAAGAGAAACGAAGUCACAAAUUGAAAAGACUUGUUCAAAGUCCCAACAGCUAUUUCAUGGAUGUUAAGUGCCCAGGAUGUUACAAGAUCACCACUGUAUUCAGCCAUGCACAAACCGUAGUACUUUGUGUCUCCUGCUCAAUGGUGCUUUGUCAACCUACUGGAGGUAGAGCUCGUUUGACAGAAGGCUGCUCUUUCAGGAGAAAACAGAAUUAAUCUGAAUCCCAAGAACAGUCUCUAUUAAUAACAUCAUAAAAACAAUUUCUUCAAUGGUUUAUUUCAAAAACUUUCUUCAAUGUAGGCAGUUGUCUAUUGUGGUCUAUUAAUUGAUGACGUUGCUUCUAUAUCAGUGGCCCAGUAAGRCAGUCUACACAAAUGUAAUUAGUACAGGAUCAUCACUAGUACUUUGUUAUAACAAAUAUUGUUGAAURCAGCCUUGUAUAUUGAACAAUUUGAAAAUAAAUCACUGUUGAAAUUGAA